GCGCGUUCCUUAUUCCCUACCUAGUAUGCGUGGUCGUGGCUGGAGUACCUCUCUUCUUCCUGGAAGUAACCGUCGGACAAUUCAUGGGAGUCAGUGGAUUCAAGGCUUGGAAUAUUUGUCCAAUCUUCCAAGGUAUCGGCGGUGUUACAACUACAGUAACAUUCUAUCUCAACUGUUACUAUAACGUGAUCAUCUGCUGGGCCCUGUACUACGUGUUUUCCUCCUUCACCUCCGAGCUUCCCUGGAAGUCGUGUGGCCACGAGUGGAAUACGGAACACUGCUACGACUUCACUACUGUCAACAAGACAGUUGUCAAUAUGACUGGUGUCAAUGUGACAGGUGUCAACCUCGCCAAACAGUACAACGCCGGAACAAAUUCCACAGCCAAUGUCACAGGGAUUCCACUGAUCAGAGUCGAUCCCGUCAAUGAGUUCUGGGAAAGGAAAGUGUUAGGUUUAUCGGACGGGAUCGAGAACAUGGGGACAAUCAAAUGGGAUCUGGCUUUGUGUCUCCUUUUGGCCUGGGUUAUCGUUUACGUGUGCAUCUGUAAAGGAAUACGAUCGUCUGGUAAGGUGAUGUACGUAACGGCGACAGCCCCGUACUUCUUUAUGACGGCCCUUCUCAUACGGAAUUCUACGCUAGAUGGCGCUAUCGAUGGGGUUAUCUACUAUCUCAAACCAGACAUAGCAAAACUUUCAGACGUCGGGGCAAGUAUUUACGUACCUGUUGAUUAGCUCAUCUUUUGAUCUAUUAACUCUAUUCGAAGGUCAUGUUACAUAACUCUUCAAUCAUGUACAUGUCAUAAGGUUGGUUCGAAAUCCGAAGUCAAAAUUCGCAUACUAAUAUUACAAUCAUCAAAAGGUCCAUCAUUAAAUCCAAUACUACAUUCCAGCCCUUUGAUCAAUCUGAAUAAAAAAAUGAUACACUCCUACCCUUGGACAUAAUCCUAAACUCCGAUAUUACAAUCCUACCCUAGAGCACAAUCCUCAACUCCUACAUUACACUCCUACCCUUGGACAUAAUCCUAAACUCCGAUAUUACAAUCCUACCAUAGGACACAAUCCUAAACUCCGAUAUUACACUCCUACCAUAGGGCACAAUCCUAAUCUCCGAUAUUAUACGUCUACCCUAGGGCACAAUCCUAAACUCCUACAUUACACUCCUACCCUUGGACAUAAUC